GUACACAACCAAAGGCACAAAAGUAGAUCAGAUCGAUCGUCGAAUCAUUUUCGUUUAUUUUUAAAGCGAAGUUAUUGUUCAAAAUAUGAGUGUAUCGUGUAUCCGUUAUAACGUUCUAACCGGUUACAUUUGUUUCAUGUUAUUUAACUAUUGACUUUAUAAUUAAGUUCAACAAUGAGUCGAAAAAGUGAAUAUCAAUAUGAACUUCAACCAGUUCCAGGACAAGAAGAACGAAUAUACCAUGGGAUUGGGAAUCAACGUUCAGGUGUUGUUGGCAAUGAGAGAGGUGUUGGUUUUACCAUUGGAAUAGAAGAGGCCACAAUGGGUAGGGGUAAAGAUGAUAAAGUUCCAGCAAGGCUUAAGAACCGCGCAAGGUCAAAACCGACAAUACUCUCAAAAGAAAAACUUGAUGAGAAGCAGAAAUUGGCAGCUGAACGCAAAAAGAAAGCGGAUGCUGAGAAAGUAAAGAGUUCAAGGAAGGUCAGCCAGAGUACAUUCUUUAAUGAUCCUUCUUCCCAACCUUCUGUUCAACCAAAGUGGUUUGAGAAAGGCCUGGAUAAGACGUUAUUCAAAUAAUGCUAAUAUGUGCAUGGACGUUAUCACUGAGCUGAUAAUGGGCAGACAAAUAUAUAUAUGAUAUAAUUAUAUAAGUUUCUCAUUCAAGUGAUUGUACAUAGCCAUACUAUUUUCCUAUUUUUUUAUUAUCUUAUUGAUUAAGAUACCGAUUUACUUCAUGUCUUCAUGCAUUUAUUUUUGUACAGUGUCUGUCACCAAUAAUAACAAUUAAUGGUUGCAAAUGCGGAUUAUUGCAAAGACUAUUUAUUAUCUUACAUUGAACUAUGAUCUCCUCGUUAUUAUUGUGCAUGUUUUAUUCAUAAACAUGAAUGUAGAAUAUUUGAUUUCAACAUUUUGUUAUCAGGCAUAAUAAAAUGUAUUUUUGUUCAAUGUAAGAAACAAAAAGAAAUAAAA